AUGUCCGAAUCACCGACCGGUACAUCCCCGGAUCGCGACGGCAUCUAUCCAUCAAAUGGCCGGACGUACGACAAGUAUCAUUUUCAGGAAAAGAAUAUCCACAUGCAAGGCAUCGAGUUGGAUGAUGAAGAAGAAGACGAGGAUAUAGAUCAACUUAUCGAAGACCUUGAGUCACAAGAUGGCGAAAAUGCCGACUACGAAGAGGAGGAAGCGCAACAACCAGGCGGUGCGCGUUUGAUUCCGGAGGAACUCUUGCAGACCGACACACGCACUGGCUUGACGUCGGCUGAAGUACUGAUACGGCGCAAGAAGUUCGGCGAGAACAAGAUGAAAGAGGAGUCAACAAAUAACUGGGUAAAGUUUCUGAUGUUUUUCGUUGGUCCAAUUCAGUUCGUCAUGGAAGCUGCUGCAAUCCUUGCUGCAGGGCUCCAAGACUGGGUUGACUUUGGCGUCAUCUGUGGUUUGCUCCUCCUGAACGCAAGUGUUGGCUUCAUCCAAGAGUAUCAAGCCGGCUCCAUCGUCGAAGAGUUGAAGAAAACAUUAGCUUUGAAGGCUACCGUAUUGCGCGACGGCACUUUGGUUGAGAUCGAAGCACCAGACGUAGUGCCCGGCGAUAUCCUGCAAGUAGAGGAGGGUGUAAUUGUUCCAGCUGAUGGACGCAUCGUUACGGAGAAUGCCUUUGUGCAGGUUGACCAGUCCUCCAUCACUGGAGAAUCACUGGCUGUCGACAAACACCGUGGAGAUACCUGUUACGCGUCUUCUGCGGUGAAACGCGGCGAGGCUUUUGUCGUGAUCACAGCUACAGGCGACUCGACGUUUGUUGGACGUGCGGCAUCACUUGUUGCCAGCGCCUCCAGCGGACCCGGUCACUUCACACAAGUAUUGCACGGCAUUGGGACGAUUCUUCUGGUUCUGGUCAUUGUAUCAUUGCUGGUCGUUUGGAUAAGCUCUUUCUAUCGAUCCAACGACAUCGUCACUAUCCUCCGGUUCACACUCGCGAUCACGAUAGUCGGAGUCCCGGUCGGCCUUCCUGCUGUUGUCACUACAACUAUGGCAGUGGGAGCGGCGUAUCUGGCGAAGAAACAAGCCAUUGUGCAGAAGCUCUCCGCCAUCGAAUCGCUUGCGGGUGUCGAGAUCCUGUGCUCUGACAAAACUGGAACAUUGACAAAGAACAAGCUCUCGCUGGCUGAGCCAUAUACCGUUCAAGGUGUCGAUCCAGAGGACCUUAUGCUUACUGCCUGCUUAGCAGCGUCAAGAAAGAAGAAGGGCAUCGAUGCUAUCGACAAAGCUUUUCUCAAGUCUCUACGCCACUAUCCGCGUGCCAAGUAUGUGCUGAGCAAGUACAAAUGCAUCCGUUUCCAUCCGUUCGAUCCAGUGUCCAAGAAAGUCCAGGCUGUCGUUGAGUCGCCUCAAGGCGAACGCAUAACAUGCGUCAAAGGCGCUCCUCUUUUUGUGCUUCGGACUGUCGAAGAAGAUGGUUCCGUCCCACACGAGGUCGAAUUGGCCUACAAGAACAAGGUUGCAGAGUUCGCUACGCGCGGCUUUCGAUCACUCGGUGUUGCUCGCAAACGGGAAGAUGAACGUUGGGAAAUCUUGGGCAUCAUGCCAUGCUCAGAUCCUCCACGCCAUGACACAUAUCGUACGAUUAACGAGGCGAAGUCUUUGGGCCUUUCAAUCAAGAUGUUGACUGGGGACGCCGUUGGUAUUGCGCGAGAAACUUCACGCCAGCUUGGUCUAGGUACCAACAUAUUCGAUGCUGAAAAACUCGGAUUGAGUGGAGGUGGCGAGAUGCCUGGCUCGGAGUUCUACGACUUCGUCGAAGGUGCAGAUGGUUUUGCAGAAGUGUUCCCACAGCACAAGUACAACGUUGUAGAAAUUCUACAACAGAGAGGAUACCUUGUCGCGAUGACCGGUGAUGGUGUGAACGACGCGCCGUCGUUGAAAAAAGCAGAUACUGGUAUCGCUGUGCAAGGCGCUUCCGACGCUGCUUGCUCCGCUGCCGACAUCGUUUUUCUUGCCCCUGGCCUCUCUGCUAUCAUUGACGCCCUCAAAACGUCACGCCAGAUUUUCCAUCGCAUGUACGCUUACGUUGUCUACCGCAUCGCUCUGUCACUGCACCUCGAGAUAUUCUUAGGUCUUUGGAUCGCUAUCCUCAACGAGAGUCUAAACCUACAGUUGGUAGUGUUCAUUGCUAUCUUCGCUGAUAUUGCGACCUUGGCUAUCGCUUACGAUAAUGCACCGUACAGCAGAACUCCGGUCAAAUGGAACCUGCCAAAACUUUGGGGAAUGUCAAUCCUCCUUGGCGUCAUUCUGGCUGUAGGCACUUGGAUCACAAUGACAACCAUGCUGCCUUACCUUACUGGCGAGCAGCAGCGUGUCGAAGGUGGCAUUGUUCAGAACCAUGGCCAGCGCGACCCAAUCCUGUUCCUCGAGAUUACAUUGACUGAGAACUGGCUGAUUUUCAUCACCCGCGCCAAUGGCCCGUUCUGGUCAUCGAUUCCUUCAUGGCAACUCGCCGGGGCGAUCCUGGUUGUCGACAUCCUUGCUACGUGUUUUACCAUUUUCGGGUGGUUUGUGGGUGGAAGAACAAACAUUGUUGCCGUGGUCCGUGUCUGGGCCUUUUCCUUCGGUAUCUUUUGUAUUAUGGCAGGAGUGUAUUACAUUUUGCAAGGCAGUCAAGGCUUCGACAACCUCAUGCACGGAAAGCUUCUCAAGAGAAAGCAAAAGCAGAGGAACCUUGAAGACUUUGUUGUUUCGCUGCAAAGGGUGUCAACACAGCACGAGAAGAUUCAGCAUGAGAAGAUGACAUAG